AUGGUCUACACCCGCUGGAAGUGCGAUCGCAUCCCUGUGCUGCAGCUGAAGCUGUUCACGCAGGAGUACAACAUGAUGGCAGUCGUUGGUCUGCUAUCCAUGGUGUUUCUGUUCAAGCACGCAAGCUACUGCUCUGAGGAGACGGAGCGGAAGAACGGCUGGUGGGCAGGCUACCCGUAUUGGCGUGACCCCAUUGCGCGUCGCAACGAGAUUCGGUACAAGCAACUGAUCAACAGCAACGAUGUGGACAUUACCGACCCGAAGUGGACUGGCUGUUCCAAGGAGCAGCUGGAGCGCCUGCGCGCGAUUGUUUGA